AUGCUCCUCCUCUCAGUAUUCGUUGCUGUGGUGACUGCAGUUGCGGAGUUCUGUACCAACGAGUCUGUUUGUGAUAAGAUGACUGCUACCCAAGAAAGAACCUUCAUCGCUGUUAAGCCCGAUGGUGUCCAAAGAGGACUUGUCGGAAAAAUUAUCCAAAGAUUCGAGGAGCGCGGAUACAAGCUUGUUGGUCUUAAGCAAUUGACUGCUUCCAAGGCCCACCUUGAGGUUCACUACCAAGACUUAAAGGACAAGCCAUUCUUCCCCAGCCUCAUUGAGUACAUGGCUUCUGGCCCAGUCGUCGCUAUGGUCUGGCAAGGACUUGAUGUUGUCAAGCAAGGACGUGUCAUGCUCGGAGCUACCAACCCACUCCAAUCCGCCCCAGGAACCAUCCGCGGAGACUUCUGUGUCCAGACCGGAAGAAACAUCUGCCACGGAUCUGACUCUGUCGACUCUGCCAACCGUGAGAUCGCUCACUGGUUCAAGGCUGACGAGCUCAACGAUUACGAGAGCACCACCAUCAACAAGUGGGUCUACGAAUAA